GAUCACAAGCCUCGCCACGCUGUCUGAGAAACCUAAGCAGGCAAAGGCUAUGUCUCUGCAAGGCCUGCUGCCAGCCGUUAUGCAGCAACUGCAGGAUGAUGACUGCGACGUCAUGAAGGCCGCCCUGACUGUCCUCAGCAACAUCCUCUGCGUGGUAGACAGGCAGACGGCUGGCCCCAUUGCUCUGCAGCUGCUCAACAUGCUCCUGCCACUCUUUGAAAAUGCGAGCAGCUGCGUGCGAAAGCAGUCCAUCCUCCUCAGCAGAGAUGUGAUGAGGGUUUCAUUCAGGUCUCACAAAAAGCAGAUGAGGAAGGAUGUGCACAGAAGCCUCCUGCCCUUGUUCUUCCACCUGCAUGACAGUGACUCAAGUGUGGCUCAGGCCUCCAAGGAAGCUGUCGCUGAAGCUGCCAAGUUCCUGAGGUGGCAGCAGCUCCAGAAGCUGUUGCAGACAGAGCAGAUAUGGGGGGCUGCCAAGUGCAUGCUGAAGAGAAGCAGAAGGAGGUUGGAGGAGUACCUGCAUCAGAGCCUGCUGUAUCAGCAGAGCCCACAGGAGCCCUUGCGCGAGGCGGCCGUCAGGUUCAUUGGGCUCGCUGGGCAGCAUCUGAAGGAUGGGCGCAAGGAGAAGAUCCUGGUCAUUAAUGAAGCCCUUCAAAACAUGGAGAAUGACAGCAGCCCCUUGGUCCUCUUCCCUGGUGCUCAAAACGAAGCAGAUGCUGUAUGA